CAAAAGGACUUAACCAAACCACCUUACUUUGAUAAGUAAAAUCCACCCUUUCACACCCAUUUAAUCUCCCUUCUCAUUCCCCUCUUCAUGGCCAUCAAACAUUAUGUGCUUUGAAGCUCCACCGUUCUUUGAAUGGCUCAAGCCAUCUCCUCCUUCUACUUCAUCAUCCUCUUCAUAUGACACUAUGACGUUCUCUAAAGAACAAGAUUUUAGCCAGGAAACCAUUCAAUGCUUACCCCUACUCAGUCAACUUAUCAACCAAGAUGAUAAAGAUAGGGUUUUGACGAUCAAAGAAGAAGAUCAUAACAUCGAAAAACUGACAGUAACACUGCAUAUCGGAUUGCCUAGUUACGCAGAAGAUUCAGUGGUCACUAAAGAGCUUUUUGAGGAGUUUAAGCAAGAAGAUGAGAUUAAAUCGGAUAUGAAGAUGGUAAAGUUCAAUAAUGAUCAUAACAGCGAUCAUGAUCAGACUAGGUUUUGGAUACCAACACCAUCGCAAAUCCUAGUUGGACCUAUGCAGUUUGUUUGUUCCUUAUGCAACAAAACCUUCAAUAGAUACAAUAACAUGCAGAUGCACAUGUGGGGACAUGGAUCUGAAUACAGGAAAGGACCAGAAUCGCUAAAGGGUGCACAACCAGCAGCCAUGUUAAGGCUUCCAUGCUAUUGUUGUGCUCAAGGGUGCAAGAACAACAUCAACCACCCUCGAGCCAAGCCCUUGAAGGAUUUUCGUACUCUUCAAACACACUACAAGAGAAAGCAUGGCGUUAAACCCUUUACAUGCAGGAAGUAUUGCACAAAAAAGUUUGCAGUGAAGGGAGAUUGGAGGACACAUGAGAAGAACUGUGGCAAAUUGUGGUAUUGCACUUGUGGAUCGGAUUUUAAACAUAAAAGAUCACUCAAGGAUCACAUUCGGUCUUUUGGAAAAGGUCAUUCUCCACAUCCAUGUCUUGAAGGGUUUGAUCAAGAUGAGAAGGAAUGUCUUACGGGUUCUGAGGAUGAAGUUAUGCAUUAAUGGUAGCUAAUCGAUGAAUUUAUGUAGGGUUGAUGUUAUUGGCACUUUGAAAAUUGUUAGAAACAAUUGUUAAAGUUCUAAUAGGAUCACCUCUUUUAAGUAUACAAGUCUGAGUGUUGUAAUAAGGAAGGAAGAUUUUCGUAAAGCCAUGAAGUCGAUAAAUUUUCAUCUCUUUACAAGUGAGAGGAAAAAUACGUGAAAUGCCUCUCCUCUAUAGAGAAAAUUUAUUGGCUUCAUAGCUAAAUGUUGAUCUCCACCAUAUGGAUUUUUCAGGUUUUGUUAAAUUACAAUUUCAAUUUUAAUUCUUUGUUCACUAA